CCUAGUUUUCACUGCCAAAUUAUUAGUUGGAAUGUGAGCACAUUCCCCACGGGUCCUCAUGGGGUUGAUUCCAAAUGAAGCUCACACAUGGGUCACCAUUGUGGAUAUAGGCCAACAAGUUUUUUGACGGAUUAGUCCUUACCCGAACCCGACUCCUCUCUAAACACAUUGCUGCCAUAGAAGUUGCUGCCACUCUGCUAAGCCACCACCACCAAGGCACCAGGCGAGGAAGGGAAAGGGGAAAGAGAAUCAUGAAAUGAGAUGAGGUACACAAUUUUGCAAAGGCAAGGGUGAUCGCAAGUUGAUUGGGAUCAGUAUGAUGGCCAGCCUGUCACUCAACCAUGUCAAUUAGGGAAGAAAGAAAUCCAUUGCCAACCAACGCAAAUCUACUUGCCAAACGUCUGGUCUGAUUGGGUGAUUCCAUCAUUUGGGUGGAGAUUGAUGUCAAGGCCAGCAAUCCGAGCCAAUCUAUGCAAGAUCUAAUGAAGAUGGAGUUGAUCUUUGUCAGAUCUAAUGGAUAUGAAAAAGAGAGGUCUACAACUAGCAAGGGGUGAUGCUGGUGAGGUUGAGGUUUAGGAGGGACGAUGACAGGCAAGUUUAAGUAUAGGAUAAUGGGUCGGAAAGCUGGUUCGCUUUAUAUCAACCCAAAGAAAUUUAGCUCUCUUCACAAACCUUGCAUGAAGGAAAUGAUUACAUUUCUCAACUGCUUGGCUGUCAACAGCAACAGUAAUGAUAAGUGUGUCCGGCAUAAGGAACUUUUGAGUGCCUGUAUGGACUCUCAGGCAACCAAUAAAAGAAAGUCUUGGGGAAGCAUUAAUUACCACCUGCAGAGGCUUAGCAGAGGAAGAAAGUAGUUGGGUUUGUAGUGAAAGAAUGUUUUAUUAAUGUCCCAUUCUUCAAGUUCAGUAGCAGAGCCUUAGCAUGAAAACAUUUUGGUUGUUGGACCAGAAAAAAGUUUUGAAAUCAUUUCCCAAUUUGAAUUGAAUGCAUCCACUGAAAACAUCUAUUGUGGUUUAUAUUAAUCCUUGUUGCAGUAAAGAGUUUUACAGUGCAACUCUACGUUCGGUAGAAUGAAAUUAGACAAGAUAGACAUCA